GGCCGGCUCCCGCCCCCGCUCCGCCCCCGGAGCCGCAGCCCCGCCCGCCACCGCCGUCGCCAUGUUGUGGCUCCCGCAGCCGGCGCUGGGGACGCGCGCGGCCGAGCCCGGGGCCUGCAGCCGCCGCCGCCGCCAGGUGGUGUUUGGAAACUAGACCAUGUGCCUAUAGGUAGAAGUUAUUCCUUUCUCCACAGCUGUACACUCCCAGCAAUAUUCACCACACCCUUGUUUUGAGAACCUCACUGAGUCAGUCCAGCAGCAGUCUGCAGACGGGCAUUUGGAAGCCACUGGACCAGGUCAUUUCUGAGGUCCACUUCAGCUCUAACAUCCUGAGGAACAGCUCAAGCUCUGACACCAGUGACUGAAAUGUACCCUGGGAAGUGGCUGGAGAGGUGGACACAGACCAGAUGGGAAUGGCUUCUGCACGCUGGAAGAAGAGUUUACUUACUGAAGGUGAUGGGGAUUUUGAACUGGGACGUCUCUGUGAUCAGAUAAGUGUUUUACAGCAACCAUUCUGGCAAAAUAUGCAUUGGCAGGACUAAGACCAGAUAGAGGAAAAGACAAGUGAAACGCUUUGUUGUUUUGCCUGGGUCUGUUGGGGCAUCUGUUUUCUUGUAUACUGCUGAGAAUCUCUUUGGGCUGUUCUUUGCUAAUGAUUAGAAUGCCAGGUGCCUCAUGAAAUGAAGCAUUGACCACUGAUUGACUCAGAAUGUCUGUGACUUGGGAUCACUUAGACCUAUAAGAAGGCCUCAGAUGUGUAUUCAGGAGGGCAGUAGUAUGUAUGUGGCAGAGAGUCUGCUUGUCUACUUUAGGACUUAAGUUUUAUGUAGAAAUCCAAUAGUUCUAGAUUAAUUUGCCCAGCUGUUGUAGCCUAGCCUGUUCAAGGUCUCAGAGACCCUUCAGGUUAGUUUAAUUUUACAUAUUAAACCAAGGCCUGCCUAAGAUCCUUACAUAGGUAAUUGGUGACAGCAUAGGGGUGAAAGCUAGUUCUCCGUGGUUCACAAUUUCUUAUUCUUUUAGCUCUACUAUUCCCAGUCUGGGGCUUCAUUCUGGGUCCAGGAAAUCUUUUUUUCUGUUCCCUUUGAUCCAGCUAAAGUUUCACUGAGCUCCCUUCUCCACCACCCAUAGAAGCAGUGUCUCUUUCUGAUCAGUGUUCCAGCCAGAGUCCAGAUUGAAGUUCCUGCAAGUCAUGGGAGUAGCAGCUUGCUCUUGUGCUUGCUUGCUCAUUCUCUCUUUCCCCUUGCCCAGUUUCCAUUCCUGGUACAGAAGUUCUCCCACCUGGGAACAAACUCAAGUACUUUCUUAGGGUCUGCUAAAUAAUCUCUCUCUCUCUCUCUCUCUCUCUCUCUGUGUCUCAUACAGUUUGAGUUAUUUUUUGCUUUAUUAUCCCCUGGGAUGUUCCUUCUGAAAUAGAAAGCUGGGGGAAAUUUUAUUUAUCCAUUUUUAUUUAUUUAUUUAUUUUUAUAAAUUUAUUUUAUUUUUGGCUGCAUUGGGUCUUUGUUGCUGCAUGUGGGCUUUUCUCUGGUUGUGGCGAGUGGGGGCUACUCUUCGUUGUGGUGCACGGGCUUCUCAUGGUGGUGGCUUCUCUUGUUGUGGAGCACAGGCCCUACGUGUGUGGGCUUCAGUAAUUGUGGUACGCGGGCUCAGUAGUUGUGGCGCGCGGGCUCUAGAGCGCGGGCUCAGUAGUUGUGGUGCGUGGGCUUAGUUGCGCCGCGGCAUGUGGGAUCUUCCUGGACCAGGGCUCGAACCUGCGUCCCCUGCAUUGGCAGGCAGAUUCUUAACCACUGCGCCACCAGGGAAGUCCCUAUUUAUCCAUUUUUAAACUCUUAACUGUUAUAACAAUAAUUGAACACAGUUUAUGUCAGUAUCUACGCCAUAUUCAGUCAUGUGGGGCAGUAGGGUAAAGAGUUCACCUACAGGUUGUAAAACAUACAUACUCAUCCUUCCUUCUAGUCCUCAUCCAACAAGGUGGCAAAUAAAAGGAAACAAUUUUGUUGUUUCACAGCCCAGUGUUCCCUAAAUCAUGUGGUCUUUCAUUUUCAUCGUAUAAAUCUGUGAUGUUAUUUGUUUCCGUGUUUCAUUAGACAGAAUAUACUGAAUAGAGAUCAGACUUUUCUUAAAUUUGGAGUGUAUCUGCCCCCUUGAUGUUCUGUUAUUGCUGAACUUAAUAUUAUUAAGAAAAACAGGUGGGGCUUCCCUGGUGGCGCAGUGGUUGAGAGUCCGCCUGCCGAUGCAGGGCACAUGGGUUUGUGCCCCGGUCCAGGAAGAUCCCACGUGCCAUGGAGCGGCUGAGCCCGUGAGCCAUGGCCACUGAGCCUGCGCGUCCGGAGCCUGUGCUCCGCAACGGGAGAGGCCACAACAGUGAGAGGCCCGCGUACCGCAAAAAAAAAAAAGAAAAAGAAAAAGAAAAACAGGUGACCAAGUUUAACGUUAUUUGAAAUUCAAAGGCUUCAGUGCUGAGGGAAAGAAAGCUCAUGGAUUUAGUGACAAUUCCUUGUUUUUAGUUUCUCAGAGCCUUUAAAAAAAAAAAUUAUAGAUUUGAAUAAGUGUGGAUGUUACUACAUUUAUAUAUUUUACCUUUAACAAUAUCAGUAUAUUUUCUGACUAAUGGAUUAAGUUGUUGUUGUUGGUUUUGGUCUAUAUCUUUUAUUUACUUCAAACUUCAAAAAUGCUGCCCUCUGCUCUCUAGUGUUUGAGGUUUGAUGAACAAACCUAUAUUUCAAUUAUGUUCCCCCUUUCCCCUAAAUCUUCAUCUCUCUAGAAUAAAAUAGAGUUCUAAUUUUUAGGCUCUUAUUAGAAAGCUCUUCCAUCUACUCAGUCUCAUUUCUCAGGACCUUUUCCAACUCUCGUACAUCUUUCUAUUUUUUUUUUUUUAAGAAGAUGUUGGGGGUAGGAGUUUAUUAAUUAAUUUAUUUAUUUUUGCUGUGUUGGGUCUUUGUUUCUGUGCGAGGGCUUACUCUAGUUGUGCCAAGCAGGGGCCACUCUUCAUCACGGUGUAAGGGCCUCUCACUAUUACGGCCUCUCUUGUUGCAGAGCACAGGCUCCAGACGCGCAGGCUCAGUAGUUGUGGCUCACGGGCCUAGUUGCUCCGCGGUAUGUGUGAUCCCCCCAGACCAGGGCUCGAACCCGUGUCCCCUGCAUUAGCAGGCAGAUUCUCAACCACUGCGCCACCAGGGAAGCCCUGGUACAUCUUUCUUAAAGUGUGGGGAGCCAAAACUGCUCAGCACAUCUCUCUGUGGACACUGAGUGGUUGUGAAUAAGGGCAGGAUCACAAGUUUUAUUUUGUUUCCAGUGUCCUUUCUGAUAAUGCCCAGUGUUUUCUGGGCCUUUUGUGAUGAAACAUACAACGUGGUGUCUUAAGGGAACAGUCUAAGCUGAUGCUUCUUUAUUGAACAGUUUAGCUUAGAACCCAUUAAUCUAACCAUAACCAUAUAUAUUCUAGUAUAAUUGGAAUUGCUUUUCCCUAAACGUUCCUUCACAUUUGCUUUCACUAAUGCUACUUUGCCAUAAUUUCGCCUAUUCAUACAGCCUCCUUAGAACUUGUCUUUUAAUUUCGCAUUUUCAUUUCUGGAACAGCUUUUAGGCCAUUUGCAGUCUUGAAGGUUUCAUUUUAUUGCUUCAACAAAUAUUUAUUGACUGCCUAAUGGAGAAUGCAGUGGUGAAUGAGACAGAUAAGUCUCUUCCCUCAUGAAUCUUACAACCUAAUGUUUUUCUGCUAGAUUAUUGGUUACCAAAGCAUUGAGACCUCCUUUUCAAAUUAAUUUUUUCAUGGACUCUCAUUCAGUAAUGGUGUUUUUAAUGGCUGGUCAUUGGGAACAUAUUUGUGGAUAUGAAGUUGGGUCCCCAAUGGGUUGGGAACUAUCAUUCUAGGCAAUUUAUGAAAGCAUUGCGCUCCAGUCCAGAACUGGUCAAUGGGUUAAAAAACACCGUCGUUCAUGGUUUCCCAUAAAUGACAAUCACAUAAAGACAAACAUACAUGCAACAUGGAAUUCAGUGUGUUGUUUUUUUGGUGGAAUUUUGGCAUUAGAAAUUCUGCCUACUAGUUCUGCCAUAAUCAUAUUGUUUUUAUCUCCUCAAAGAAUUCGAAUAGGUUAAUUAGGCCUGAUGAGGCCGUUUUAAAAUUAAGGUGUUCUUCCCUCCCUCUCACCUAGUUGAUAUGUUUACUUAACUGGCAAAAUUUCCUGGGCAGCUAGUAGACCCUGUAAUAAAUACUGGGUAUUUAUAUUCACUUUAACAUUUUUUUUAGUUUCCAGAUCUUCCCUGAAUAGAAACUUACCCUGAGAGGAUACAGCGUCAGUCUGCCAGUUCACCCCCAAGGGGGUUGUAUGUAUCGUAGCAUGGUUCUACCUUCUCACCUUUGAGUGAAAUUUGCUCUUGGCCUAGGGCUCAGAGAACCGGGGAGCCUGCCUUGUCUGUUGACUAGGCCAUUCUAGAUCACUGGGUGAGCUCACCAUGCGUGGCUCUAGCUUGUUCAGAUGCUUCAGGGUAAACCCUGCUGAGUGCUCUGCAGGGUGAGCCAUGGUUCCUAGGCUGGUAUUUGUGGGCAUGGGGCAGGGGCCAUCACCUCUGGGUCCUGAGGACUGCCCCCAGGCAAGGUAGGCAGGCAGCCGUCUGUGGUUUGCUCUUUCCAACUUCGGCUGCUUGCAACAAGUUGCAGACACUGGUGUAUGCUGAAGCUUUUUAUUUUGACUACACCUUUAAUUUUAAUUAAGUUACUUCACCGAUUUUUCUAGCUGGCAGUCCCUUGCUGAGUCAUGCCAGAUGUGCUUAAAGAGUUUUACAGUGAUGAUUUUUAGAGUCCUCUGUAAGAAGCUCCCCCAAUUUUUUUUUAAUAUAAAUUUAUUUAUUUUAUUUUAUUUAUUUAUCUUUGGCUGCGUUGGGUCUUCGUUGCUGCAUGCGGGCUUUCUCUAGUUGCGUGGGUGGGGGCUACUCUUCAUUGCAGUGCAUGGGCUUCUCAUUGCAGUGGCUUCUCUUGUUGUGGAGCUCAGGCUCUAGGCACGAGGGCUCUAGAGCACAGGCUGGUAGUUGUGGCGCAUGGGGCUUAGGUGCUACGCGGCAUGUGGGAAUCUUCCCGGACCAGGGCUUGAACCCGUGUCCCCUGCAUUGGCAGGUGGGUUCUUAACCACUGCACCACCAGGGAAGCCCCAAGUGCCUCAAAUUUUUUUGGCCUGCCUAAUUUCUUCUUUUCAUAGGUUAAAAAUAUAAUUUAAUAAAAUUACUUAAGCAAUAAAAUUUGAAAUAAAUCGUUUGAAUAAAUAAUUUGAAAAUGUAGAUAAAAAGGAAAGAAAAUAAUUUCAUUAUCUGUUGAGAUAUUUUUGACAUUUUAGAGUAUUCCUCUAGGCUUUUUCAUAAGAACUAUGUAUAGUAAAAAAAUUUUUUUGUUUUAAAUAAAGAUUGUACUGUGUGUACACUUCAGUAUCUUUUUUCUUCAUUUUAGGAGCAUUUCUCAUAGUCGUAAAUAUUGAUCUAUAAUGAUGCCUAGUAUUUAAUUGUGUAAAUAGACCAUAAUUUAUUGAACCAACUUCCUAUUGUUGGGACUUUAGGUUGUGUCUCAUUUUUUGUUAUAAAAUAAUUUUGUUAUAAAUAAUUCUGUAAUGAUUAUUUUUGUCACAUGCAUCUCUAUUUCCUUAGGAUAAAUAUCUGGAAGUGGAAUUAUUGAGCCUUAUGUAUGUAUUGCUAAAUUGCUCUUUAGACAGGUUGUAUCAAUUUCUAUUACUUUCAAAAUGCUUAUUUUGCUACAUCUCUGCCAACACUGGGGAUUAUUAGUUUUUGAAAACUUUGGUCAAUUUAAUAAGCCAAAAAUGUUUCUCAUUAUUUCAAUUUGUGUUUCUCUAAUUUUUUGUGAGGUUGCAACUUUUGUUAUGUAUGAAUUGUCCGUUUGUGGUUGUUCUUUUUUUAAGUGCCUGCUCAUCACUUUUGCUUAUUUUUCUAAUAUGUUGAUUAUCUUUUACUAACUACUUUUUAAGGGCCUUUUACAUAUUAAUAAAGAUAUUAAUGAUAGUAAUUAUUAUAUGUUGCAAAUCUUCCUUUUGGUUGUUUGCUUUUUAACUAUGUGUUGGCAGGUUUUUGAUGAAGAGAACUUUUUAUUGGUAGUCUUUUUCUUUGCAGUUUCUCCUUUGCUUUUUUUUUCUACUUUGUUUUUUUUUGGCUGCGUUGGGUUUUCUUUGCUGCGUGCUGGCUUUCUCUAGUUGCGGUGAGCAGGGGCUACUCUUUGGUGCGUGGGCUUCUUAUUGCGGUGGCUUCUAUUAUUGUUGAGCAUGGGCUCUAGGUGCACGGGCUUCAGUAGUUGUGGCGCACGGGCUUAGUUGUGCCACGGCAUGUGGGAUUUUCCCGGACCAGGGAUCGAACCUGUGUCCCCUGCAUUGGCAGGCGGAUUCCUUUUUUUUUUUUUUAACCUCUUUAUUGGAGUAUAAUUACUUGACAUUGUUGUGUUAGUUUCUGCUGUAUAACAAAGUGAAUCAGCUAUACAUAUACAUAUAUCCCCGUAUCCCCUCCCUCUUGCAUCUCCCUCCCACCCUCCCUAUCCCACCCCUCUAGGUGGUCACAAAGCACCGAGCUGGUCUCACUGUGCUAUGUGGUUGCUUCCCGCUAGCUAUCUAUUUAACAUUUGGUAGUGUAUAUAUGUCAAUGCCACUCUCUCACUUCGUUGGCAGGCAGAUUCUUAAUCACUGCACCAUCAAGGAAGUCCCUCUCCUUUGCUUUUAUAACAGGGUACAUUUUGAUUAAUUUCUACUUUCUACUUAUAAACAAUGCGAUAUUUACUUUAGAGCAGAGUUUAAAGAAAUACAGACACUUGGGCACACUGUGAGUCUUUUUUUAAAAAAUAUUUAUUUAUUUAUUUAUUUGGCUGCACCAGGUCUUAGUUGCAGCGUGCAGGAUCUAGUUCCCUGAUCAGGGAUCGAACCCGGGCCCCCUGCAUUGGGAGCACGGAGUCUUAACCACUGGACCACCAGGAAAGUCCCCCACUCCCUUGCCAGCAUCCAGCCAUGGGGGAUAUGAAAACUCCAGAUUUUGAUGACCUUCUGGCUGCCUUUGACAUCCCAGACCCCACCAGCCUUGAUGCCAAGGAGGCCAUCCAGACCCCCAGUGAGGAGAAUGAGAGUCCCCUCAAACCUCCAGGCAUGUGUAUGGAUGAGAAUGUGUCCUUGUCUCACUCAGGAUCAGCCUCAGAUGUGCCAGCCGUGAGUGUCAUCGUCAAGAACACCAGCCGCCAGGAGUCAUUUGAAGCGGAGAAAGACCACGUCGCUUCCAGCCUCCUACACAAUGGAUUCCGGGGCUCGGACCUGCCUCCGGAUCCCCACAACCUAGGCCACAACUGUGGGAAGUUUGAUUCCACUUUCAUGAAUGGAGAUAGUACCAGGAGUUUCCCCGGCAAGCUGGAACCUUCCAAGUCAGAGCCCUUACCAACCUUUAACCAGUUCAGUCCAAUCUCCAGCCCCGAACCCGAGGAUGCCAUCAAAGAUAAUGGGUUUGGGAUAAAGCCCAAGCACGCUGACAGUUACUUCCCACCCCCUCCUGGGUGUGAGUCUGUGGGGGGCCCGGUCCUGGAGGCUCUGACUAAGUUUCCAGUCCCAGAGCUGCAUAUGUUUGAUCACUUUUGUAAGAAAGAGCCCAAGCCAGAACCCCUGCCCCUGGGGAGUCAGCAGGAGCACGAGCAAGGUGGGCAGAAGGCAGUGGAACCUCACAAGGAGCUGGAUACCAGUCGAUUCUUUGGGGAAGCUUUGGAGUUCAACAGCCACCCCGGCCACAGUAUCGGAGAGCCUAAGGGGCUUGCCUCGGAGCUAGGUACCUGCUCGUCAGUGCCCCCUAGGCAGCGUCUUAAGCCAGCUCAUUCCAAGCUGUCCUCUUGUGUUGCAGCCUUGGUGGCCCUGCAGGCUAAACGAGUGGCCAGUGUCACCAAGGAGGAUCAGCCUACCCACACAAAGGAUCCCUCAGGGCCCACAAAAGAGGGCUCCAAAGGCAGCCCCAAAAUGCCCAAGUCACCAAAGAGUCCCCGGAGCCCUCUGGAGGCCACUAGAAAAAGUAUCAAGCCAUCAGACAGCCCUCGGAGCAUCUGCAGUGACAGCAGCAGCAAAGGCUCCCCUUCUGUGGCUGCCAGCUCCCCACCAGCAAUUCCCAAAGUCAGAAUCAAAACCAUUAAGACAUCAUCAGGGGAAAUCAAACGGACUGUCACAAGGAUCCUACCAGACCCUGACGAUCCCAGUAAGUCCCCUGCUGGGUCACCUCUAGGAAGCGCCAUUGCUGAGGCCCCGAGCGAGGUGCAGGAGGAUGAGGUCACUGCCCUGUCUGGGGCGGAGCACUUUCUUGAGGUGGGCACAAAUUCAGGGAGCCCUCAGGGUGACAGGAAGGGGGAUGAGAGCAUGACAAAAGCCAAUGAAUCUUCAACUUCCUGCUGCAGCUCUGGGUCCCGGGGCCCAAAGGGGGCUGCCUCGGGCUCACAGAUGGGCAAGAAGCAGCAGCAGAGCACAGCACUGCAGGCAUCCACCCUGGCCCCUGCCAACCUCCUGCCCAAAGCCGUGCACCUAGCCAACCUGAAUCUGGUCCCCCACAGUGUGGCCGCGUCCGUGACGGCCAAGUCCUCAGCACAGAGGCGGAGCCAGCCACAGCUCACGCAGAUGUCGGUGCCCCUGGUCCACCAGGUGAAAAAGGCCGCCCCACUGGUUGUGGAGGUCUUCAACAAGGUCCUCCACAGCUCCAACCCCGUGCCCCUCUACGCGCCAAAUCUCAGCCCGCCUGCGGACAGCAGGAUCCACGUGCCGGCCAGUGGGUACUGCUGCCUGGAGUGUGGGGAUGCGUUUGCCUUAGAGAAGAGCCUGAGCCAGCACUACGGCCGGCGGAGCGUCCACAUCGAGGUGCUGUGCACACUGUGCUCCCAGACGCUGCUCUUCUUCAACAAGUGCAGCCUGCUCCGGCAUGCCCGUGACCACAAGAGCAAGGGUCUCGUCAUGCAGUGCUCUCAGCUGCUUGUGAAGCCCAUCUCUGCGGACCAAAUGUUCGUGUCGGCCCCCGCGAACUCCACGGCACCAGCAACCCCGGCUCCCCCCUCCUCCCCCAAACACGGCCUCACUUCAAGCAGUGCCAGCCCCCCACUCCCAGCUUUGCCGCUCUACCCAGACCCUGUGAGGCUCAUCCGGCACAGUAUCAAGUGUCUCGAAUGUCACAAGCAGAUGCGAGACUACAUGGCUAUGGCUGCACAUUUCCAGAGGAUGACGGAGGAAACCGAGGGGCUGACUUGCCAGGUGUGCCAGAUGCUGCUGCCCAACCAGUGCAGUUUCUGUGCCCACCAGCGGAUCCACGCCCACAAGUCCCCCUACUGUUGUCCGGAGUGUGGAGCCCUCUGUCGCUCUGCCUACUUCCAGACGCAUGUAAAGGAGAAUUGCCUGCACUAUGCCCGCAAGGUGGGCUACAGGUGCAUCCACUGUGGGGUAGUCCACUUGACCUUGGCCUUGCUGAAAAGCCACAUCCAGGAGCGACACUGCCAGGUUUUCCACAAAUGUGCAUUCUGCCCCAUGGCCUUCAAGACUGCCAGUAGCACCGCGGACCACAGCGCCACCCAGCAUCCCACCCAGCCCCACAGACCCUCCCAGCUCAUUUAUAAGUGCUCCUGUGAAAUGGUCUUCAACAAGAAGAGGCACAUUCAGCAGCAUUUUUACCAGAAUGCCAGUAAGGCGCAGGUGGGCGUCUUCAAGUGCCCUGAGUGCCCGCUCUUGUUCCUGCAGAAGCCAGAGUUGAUGCAACAUGUCAAGAGCACCCACGGUGUUCCCCGAAACGUGGACGAGCUGUCAAGCCUCCAGUCUUCAGCAGACACAUCUUCAAGCCGCCCUGGCUCUCGAGUUCCCACUGAACCCCCAGCCACUAAUGUGGCUGCUCGGGGCAGCUCCCUGCCCUCUAGCCGCUGGGGCAGGCCAGAAGCCCAUCGCAGGGGUGAGGCCAGGCCCCGGCUGAGGAACACUGGCUGGACCUGCCAGGAGUGCCAGGAGUGGGUUCCUGAUCGGGAGAGCUAUGUGUCCCACAUGAAAAAGAGCCAUGGUCGGACGUUGAAGCGGUACCCAUGUCGGCAGUGUGAACAGUCCUUCCAUACCCCCAACAGCCUGCGCAAACACAUCCGCAACAACCACGACACAGUAAAGAAAGUCUACACUUGUGGGUAUUGCACAGAGGACAGCCCCAGCUUUCCUCGGCCCUCCCUCCUGGAGAGCCACAUCAGCCUUAUGCAUGGUAUCAGAAACCCUGAUUUGAGCCAGACGUCCAAAGUCAGACCUUCGGGCGGACAUUCCCCUCAGGUGAACCAUCUGAAAAGACCAGUCAGCAGAGCAGGGGAUGCUCCAGACACCAGCAAUGGCGCGACUGUCUCUUCCACCAAAAGGCACAAGUCCCUUUUCCAGUGUGCGAAAUGUAGCUUUGCCACAGACUCAGGGCUCGAGUUUCAGAGCCACAUACCUCAGCACCAGAAGGACAGCUCCACAGCCCAGUGUCUCCUCUGUGGCUUGUGCUACACCUCUGCCAGCUCCCUCAGCCGCCACCUCUUCAUCGUCCACAAGGUGAGAGACCAGGAGGAGGAAGAGGCAGAGGCGGCAGAGCCAGAGGAGGGCUCUGGGGAGGAGGUGUCCGUGGAGACCAGGGAGAACGGACUGGAAGAGUGUGCCGAGGAGCCUCUGUUGGGUGACUCAGAGGCCAGGAGGUCACUGGGCCUGGCCCCUGACGAGGAUGGUGCCCAAGAUGCUCAGAGUCAACCACAGGCCUCUCAGGACCGGGACAGCCACACACCGUCCCCACAGGUGUGACUGGAAGCUUUGCAGUGUGCAGUCGGGUGGUGCCGUGGUGUCCUCCGCCUGCCACGCGGACAGUGGGAAAGAGAAGGCUCCACCCCGGUGUGAGUGUGGCUGGCUGGGCCCUGGAGCAGUGUCUGCCCUGAGCUGCUGGGGGCUGGGUGUCCCCCAGCCCCAGGAGAUGGCGGGGUCGUCCAGGACCCUCACAGCUCUGAAUUUGCUUCUGUUAUUUAUGGCUUUGUGCUGCUUCCUGGUACCCCAACUUUUGUCUGCGUCCUUCCAGCCCCAGGCUGCUUAAGUGGCCCAACCCCGAUGCUGUCACCUCAGCUAGAAACCCCUCAGCAGCUGUGCUCUUCUGGGAGGCUCCCCGCUCGCUGCCUUCAGCCAGGGGCGCCUGACAGCAGCUCUCUUUCUUGCCACUGGAGCUUGAGAAGGGGGAUGAGGGUGCUGGCGCAGUCCCUCUCAGAGAGCUCGCCCAGCCUGGCUUGCAGAGGGCCCUUGGUCACCAUGCCGUUCCUUUCUGUCUUCUCUGAUUCGUUCCCCAAAAAAGAGUCCUGGAGAAUUAAUUGUCACACUGGCCCAUCCUGUCUGUGUGGGGGGAGAAACUUCUGCAGCACACCUCUGUCUGGAACCCAGGAGAGCAGGAAACGCAGCCAAGUCAGGCAGGCACCGAGAGGCAGACCCCCUUCAGAAGGAGCUGUGCGUCCUUGUUCUGCUGCUGUUCUGCCUUUCCUGACGAGCGGGGUUUGGGGCACAGAGACACUGGGAUAUUUGUACUCUUGCUCCUGUGCCAUUAGAGAGGCUGCUGCCCCAGGCAGGCCAGCCCCUCCUCCUCUCGGCUGCACCCGUGUUGCUCAGACUAUAUUUCAAAUAAAAAAAUCUUCUUACCAUGCAGGUAGGCUCUUGUAUUCCUCUUCCAGUGAGCCUGGCCCUACCCUACUCCACCUAAGACUUCCCUCACUGUCCCAUCUCUGAGGGAGAACAGUGUUUCCUGCUUCCCAAGGACAGUCCUGUCUAGAUUUUGGAGCUGUGGUGUGGAAACCAGGAGCUCAGUACUUCUGAAGGGGUGAGGGGAGGGUCUUAAUGCUGGUCAAGAGUCACCUCCAAGUUCUCCCCUGAGCUAGCAGCCUUGGUUUUUAGGGCUUAUUGAAAUUUUCCUGGGCACCUCCAUCUUUCCUACAAACGGUUUUUCAAACUUAAGAGAACCCUUUACUGGUGGGAGGAGGGAGAGGGAUAGAAGGGAGGAAUUCUGUACUUUUCUUGCACUGUUCAAGAGGCCUUCAUAUCACCCCUGCCACAGGGAACUCGGGCGUGGCAGAAUUGGGAUUAGACAUGGGAGGCUGGGCUGUCUUUUCUCUGAUGGCAGAGUUAGGACCUGACCUAGCACAAGGAGCCGGCUAUGCGGAGGUGUCCUCUGACCUCUGCUCCGAGUAGCUGCUGCAGCCCUGCAUGGGUGGGAUGUGGGGCUGGGCCCAGCAGGAUCUAGUGCAGCAAAGGGAAGUGGGUGCUGACUGCAUUCUUAGAGGUGAUCCUUCAAGGAAGACAUUGAAUAUCAAUGAUAAAUUAUUAAGUCAGGUAAAUAUGCCUGACCUUUUCACAAUUGAAAAAAAAAUUUCUUCCUCUAUCAAAUGCCAGAUUUUUAGUGGAAAUGCUAAUGGCAUUGGGAAAGGUUAGCGCUUGCUUCAGUUUCAGAGAAACAGUGCUUCUUAAUGAUUGCCAUACCUGGCAAGGCCACCAUGUCCCUGCUUCCCAAGCAGGCAGCGAGGGCAAACCGGGCCUGAUUCUGGCUGCAUGCAGAGCCAGAGCUGGCCCCAACUCAGCUGUCAUCCCUUCCUAAUUCCAGUUGCAGGGUGCCUACCCUGCACCCGGAGCCAUUCACAGGAACAGAUUAUAGAGGAGGCUGAUAGAAGCGUUUGAAAUGGAUGGCCGAACCACUUUCAGAGACAGUAUAGCUGGAGCUGGGGGAGAGGAGGUGGUGAAAUCACAGGUUUGACCUGUCCUGACCUCAGAUCUAUCUCCUUCCUGGGAAUGGUAUGGAGUGGAAAGAAUGUCGAGCCACUCACCAAGAAUCCUGGGUCACAGCCUGGGUUCUGCCCUCAACCAGCUCUUAACAAACCCUCUUAACUUCACCAGCCCCUCCCCUUCAAGAUAGACCUAGUAUUUCCCAUCCAACUCGAUUCACAGGCUUUUGUGAGGUGAUAAGUAUGGAAGCAUUUUCUAGUUUAUGAAACACUAUCAAUGUCAGGGAUUAUUGACUAUGAAACACUAUCAAUGUCAGGGUGGAGUGUACCUUGCCGGCUAUUCAGACUUGAUGCUGAUGGUCAGUUAUGAUCGGUCUGGGACAUCUCUCCACUGUUUAGUAAGAGUGAUGAUUAACAGCACUUUAAGUCCUGCUUGUGGGCCCAGCAUCUUUCUAAAAACACUUUGCAGUGAUUCUCACUUUGUCCUCACAGUGAUCUCACAGUUAGCCUCCACUGUACAGAGAAGAAAACCGAGGCUCAGAGAGGUUAAAUAAGUUGCCGGGUGACCUUGUAAGUCAAGCCCAUCUGGUUCUAAAGUCCAUGAUGUCAGCUGCUGUGUUGCCUUAGUGACCCGGCUACUUUGGCUGGCUGCCAGCUUAUCAACAGUUUGCAGCCAUCCAGACAACUGCUUUCCUACCUCCCCUGCAGUUGGGGUGCCCCACUGAGCACCAGGUUCUCUUUGGAGUCAGUCUGUGCCUUUUCACCCCAAGGAGGGCCCUGUGCAUCACAUUUGCUUGUGGCGUUCCAAAGCACAUGCAGUGUCUCUGUGACCUUUCAUUCUCAUUGGGAUUUAUCUUGCCAUUUGAAGAUCAUUAUUUUGGUGAGGCUAUUACAGAAAAAGUGGCCCAACCCUCACAGGGAACAUGGUUCCCUCAGGGUCCAAUAUCUUCUGAUCUUUUUUUUUAAAGAUGUUUUAAAAUAGUUGUGCUAUCAUUUGUUAUCAGAAAAUGCUUGCUGUAACAAGCACUUAUCUGCUGGAGUGAAUGCUCUACUGAUCAAGUUAAACAGAUAAGAUCCCCACCCUUGUAGAAACUACAAUUUAAUACACUCUAAGGCUUGACAAAUGACUAGUAUUUAUUUUCCAACUCCUUUAUCUCUGUAAAAUGAUAUGCCGAAUUACUAUAAGCUAAUUGGUGUAGAAAGAGCUCUUCCCUUAACUUAUGUAAACAGUCUGGCUUUUGAAAACAGCUGUGGUUCAGCAAGUUCAACACACUUUGCCUUCCCCGAGACUGCAGAAAAACCCCUCUGCCUGCCCUGGUCAUCACUGUGUAUUCAGCUCUGGGCACACUUUCUUUUACUUGUUUUUAAUUUUUUUUUUCAUUUUUGGAAAAAAUUAAUACACAUACAUGGUAAGACGUCCAAACAAUGCAAAAAGAGAAUACAAUGAAAAGUAAGCUUCCCAAUGGAGGUCAGCCUUCAGUUCCACAUCCCCCUCUCCAGAAUUAAUCACUGUUUCUAUAUCUUAUGUAUCCUUCCUGAGCAAUUCUAUGCAUUUACAAGUUUUUAAAUAUGUAUAUUUAUAUAUCUAUUUUUAAUACAAAUGGUAGCAUUCUA